AUGUCGACGGACACCAUUCGCAAGACGGGUCUACAGGAAGCGGGUCUUGUGCUGGAUCACUCAAAUCCCAAGCAGGCAAACGACGAAGUCGUGGUCGUGCUUGACAUCCCACUUCAUGAGAACGGCGACAAAACCAAAUGCCAGCUGAGCUCUACGUCUAGUCUCAAGCGGGUGAUUCAGGUCCUUAUUUUCUAUACGAUGAAUCUCGACAAAAAUCACCGAGUCCCUAGUGGACCAGUGCAGAGUGGAUAUGCUCGAUUCUUUUUAAGCUUCUCCACCAAGGCUGCUGAUCCUGACGCAGUCUACGAGGAACUUCGAAACAAAUUGCAGGGGCUCUCCAUCACCCCCGGUCGGGCAGUCUUCCCCCACCAGUUUCAGGAGCAGGGUCUGACAAUCGACCGCAGCUUGCAAUAG